CUCUCUCCCAAUUUUAUUUGUAAAAUAUUCAGAAAAGUGCAGAAAAAGCUCUGUUCUUUAUUCCUCCUAACCAAUCACUGCACACCUUCAACUUACAUUUUUCCAGAUUCCCCACGCGCCUGUUCUUCAGUAGUAAUAUACGUCAUUUGAGAGACACGCUCUGGUUAUUCGCCUGGUUACGGGACAGAAGUACUGCCUCCGUGUCCAUUUAUCAUCUUGUCCGGAAGAUAUUUAGUUACUAUAAAUAUCUAAUUUCUCUCGAGUACGAAAAUACAACCAAUCAUACAAAAACACACACAACAGAUAAAAAGAAGAAAAUCUUCGGUUGAUAAAAACUAUUUAAAUGAAGAGGAACGGUGAAACUAAGCGGCGGAGGAACGUGGCGGAAGAGGCGGAGCAGGGAGGAGGAGAUCCGGCGAUGUGGGAGGAUCUUGAUCGGAAUUUCAGACAAGUGCAAUCUGUUUUGGACAGAAACAGAUCACUUAUCCAGCAAGUCAACGACAAUCACCAGUCAAGAAUGGCAGAUAACAUGUCCAAGAACGUUGCUUUGAUCCAAGAACUCAAUGGAAACAUCUCUAAGGUUGCUUCGAUGUAUUCUGACCUCAACACCAAUUUCUCCUCGGCGUUUCACGGUGGAAAGAACGGACGCGACGGUGGUGGAACUACCGGAACCAGAGCUAAUUAACCAACCCUGAUCAAAUUGAUCUUUCUUAGUUGGACCGGCCGGUUUGAAAAUUUCGAAUCAGUCGGUUUAACAUAUAAUUUUUUUUUGUUGUCACGGAACAUAUGAUCUAAACCUGUUAUAUAAGUUAUGUUAUUGCAAUGAUUGUCGUUAGAAUAAUCCGUGGGAGAAAACCCAUUGUUUGGGUUAUUUUAAUUAUGGUUUUGAGUCUUUUUCAACGUGUCUCUACUCUACUGCAAUUUCUCUGAUAAUAACAAUA